CUUUUAUUCUUAGAUACUAGAUCUCCACUGUCGAGUGAAACUAAGCAACAAAGUCCUUUAUGCUCCUUCAUGUGCAGUGGAUGGGUUAUUGUUCCUCUUUGCAUUGCUGCUGUAGCUGUUGUCCUUAUGAUAUACUUACCAUCAUACCUGCAAAUGAAAGGAAAAGAAGGUGAACCAACCAACCAUGUGCAUGUGCAUCCUGAAGACGUUAAACCUCCACAGGUUCCAUUGCCCACCACUGCCAGUAAACCACUGGAUAUUUCAGAUUUAGCUGAAAUCGUUUCAAAAUUAAAGGAAUGCAAAUUUGAUCCCAGUCGAUGGAAAGAUCUUUGUCUGGAUAUUGGUCUCAAUGAAGUGACAAUAAGAACCAUACGAUCUGACGAGGAUACUGUUAAUGACCGCCUCAGAUCUUGUUUGGUAAAAUGGCUGAACAGAGUUGAAGAUGUUGACAAGAAAGGAGGAGCAACCUGGGAAUCCUUGGAGAAUGGGCUCAUAAAUAUUGGACAAAAACUAGUUGCUGAAAAACUAAGAGAAAGAAGGAAGAACAGAAAUAAAUAAAGACUCAUACUGUAUAAAGACGAUGUUAUUGAUUAUGAUAACAGUUUGUUGUUUUUGGUAUCAAAAGGAAUUCUUAGUAAUGCA